AUGGAGUCAUCACUUCACAAAGUCUGGGAAAGUGCCGCCGGCAACCCAUUCGCCCCAACGAUCGACAAGGAGAACCAUUUCACUGUCGGCUUCUCUCUACUGUCUCUCGGUCUUCUUCUCUGUGGAUACUUUGGCCUCAACAGAUCAGUUCUCAACAUACCCCUCGUUGGAAUUCCAGCUUCAUUAGCCAUUGCGCGUCUAUGUAUGAGGAUUGAAGCCCUGGACCCUCCGCGAAUCUCCUUCCUUCGCAUAAACCGUGUACAUAAGUUGUUGAGCAAUAGAAGCAGAGGAGAUCAGCAUACUUCGGACCUUGUGACCCUACCUACUACUUCCCCGAAUCUCCAAUUACCUCCAGAAAACAUGUCUACCCAGGGUGAGCCAAAUGUCGGCCCGCCCAUUUUCAAAUCCGUUUCUAGUUCUGCAAGACAGCUCUUUCAGUUGCUCAACUGCAUCCGUUUCGCACCCAAGGCACAAGUUGAAAUCAGCCCUGAGGGUAUACACUUUGCGGUUGAUGAAUCCAGGGUCAUGCAAGGCGUCGUCUUUCUCGACAAAGCUCUCUUUACUUCAUUCAACUGCUCUCUCCCCAAGCCAGGCCCAGACGACGCUGAUGCUGAUGCUGAUGCUGAAGCCGAAACGCCAGACAACCCCACUUUCCAAGUAUCUCUUGCAGCCCUCCUCGAAACGCUUCAGAUAUUCGGCGCUGCGGAUCCCAACACCGCACGUUUCCUAAAGUCCGAUAAUGACGGCUACUCCAGCAACAUCCGCCCCGGUCGUCCCAAUGCGUUCAGUAACCAAGCUCUUGGGAUGGCAGGCGUCUGUAGACUCUCAUACGCUGGUAUCGGAUCCCCAUUCAGUAUUGUCCUUGAAGAAUCCGGAGUCACAACUACUUGCAACCUCAAUACCUACGAACCCGAGAAUCCAGAAGAAAUUCCCUUCCAGCUCGAUGCUAUGCAAGUCAAGAUCAUAAUGCAAUCUCGCUGGCUCUUUGAUGCCGUCUCGGAACUCAACGCCACUUCUCCUACUCGUCUGGACAUAACCGCCUAUCCCUCUGCACCAUACCUGAGCCUGUCGGCUGUUGGACCCCUCGGUAGUGCAACCGUCGAAUUUGCCAAAGGGAGAGAACUGCUCGAGACCUUCACUGUGUCAGAGAAGUGGACCCAGAGCUACAAAUUUGAAAUGAUCAAAUCUGCAGCUGAAGUCAUGAGAUUGGCGAGCAAAGUCAGCUUUAGAGGUGACGAGCAGGGUGUUUUGAGCUUGCAGUUCAUGGUCGAGGUUGAGAGUGGCGGCAUCAGUUUCGUUGAUUUCAGGUUUGUGCCAUUUAUCCGCGGCGAGGAGGACGAGGGCGACGAGGAUGAGGAGAGCGAGAAUGAUGAAUAUGCAGAUGACGAGGAUAUGCUUUAG